UGCAGGAUAUAUAAUGGUUGAGAGACCCAGUGCUCGAGCUUUCUGCAUCAGAGCAUGGCUCAUUACCAAUUCCACCAGCAUCACUAAUAAGAGGUUAUUCCGAAAGGGAAAGGUUAAUCAAGGAGCCGGAGUCUGAUUGCCUGGCGUCCGAUUGCAUCGACGACCGAAUCGACCCCAGCGAGAUUCAACUCCACGCUCCUGCCGUUCACACCAUGGAUGUCCUGCGAUCUUUCAGCUCCGCCUCUUCCUGUCCAGACGUCUACAACUGGACCAGCAACAGCCUGAUCCUGGGGCACUACAACUUCACCGGGCGCCUCCAGCACCGCAAGCCCUCGAAGAGCAGCGUCAGCGCCGUCACCGUCCUGUUCCUGAUUAUCAGCGUCUUCAUCAUCCUGGAGAACCUCAUGGUGCUGUUAGCGGUGCUGUUCCGCGUACGCCUGCGUCAUCGCUGGAUAUUCAUCUGCAUCGCCAACAUCGCGCUGAGCGACCUAUUGACGGGAUGCGCCUACGUGGUCAACAUCUGCAUGUCCGGCGAACGCACUUUCAAGCUAAGCCCAGUUCUGUGGUUGUUCCGUGAAGGACUUCUGUUUGUGGCGUUAGCGGCGUCCAUAUUCAGCCUGCUCUUGAUCGCCGUGGAGCGCUACGCCACUAUGAUGAAGCCCGUCCACCAGAAAACCGCCACGAAAACGUACCGAAUCUACUUAAUGGUGGUGCUUUGCUGGAUAACAGCCUUAAUAAUCGGCUUCCUUCCGCUGAUGGGCUGGAAUUGCGUUUGCGACCUCAGAAGUUGCUCCACACUUCUGCCGCUCUACUCCAAGAGCUACAUCUUGUUCGCCCUGGUCAUCUUCUUCAUAAUCCUGCUCACAAUCGGCGCGCUGUAUUUUGCGAUCUACUGCCAUGUCCGCAGUAGCACCGAGACAAUAUCGGCACGCAGCCGUAAGCGUUCCCUGCGCCUCCUGAAGGCUGUGAUCUCAAUCGUGGGUGUCUUCAUGGUGUGUUGGGGACCUUUGUUCAUCCUCCUGUUGGUGGACUUCUUCUGCUACUCUCGCAAUUGCAGCACGCUCUUCAAUCCCGAAUGGGUCAUCGCCCUAGCCGUACUCAACUCCGCCAUGAAUCCGCUCAUUUACUCGUUCGGCAGCCUGGAGUUACGCAAAGCCAUCGCAACUCUACUCUGCUGCUGCUGUCUGACGGCGGGACUGUGCGAUGCCAAGACCUUCAUGACCCAGGAGACCUCCAGCACCUCGGGGAGUCGACACAGCAGUUUGCGCAACAGCUUCAGCAAGGUGCGAAACUUGAGCACCAGCCCUCAACCCGAACCGAAGAACGGGAAGAAAACACGCCUCAGCUCCACCACUUCUUGUUUGUCUGCAUCAAGCGGUUAGUUCGCGGUGGGCAGGUGUGUUUCUCCUUCGCCACAGGAACUGCACCUCCUACAAACUCAAUUUUCACUUUCUCACUUUAAAAAUCAGCUGGUGUGAUGGUCAAAACAUGCAGAAAGGACUUUAAAAGUGAGCGGCUGUGCAACAAAAACAUACAAAACAUAAAUAAAAUGCAACUCGUGUAAUACAUUUGAGCUGAAUGCAAAGCAAAGCAAUCAGACCUGUAAGA